AUGUUAUCCUCGAUAUUCCUCAUUUCAGCGUUCCUUUCGACAGCCUGGUGCUGCCCAAAGCAUGACAACUACCAAUCACAUCCUCGUCUCGGCCGGAGACAAGUAAGAAUAGACGUCGGCAGGGAGCCAAAGGAUUGGAAUUAUGACCAUUCCGCCGACUGGGCCACUAUCCGACCUGAAUAUGCCCUAUGUCAAUCCGGUACACAUCAAUCACCUAUAAAUCUUCCCGGGCAACAGCCUUCUACUCUACAUAUCCCUGAUUUCUCCGGAUACAAGAACGAAGCGAUCCCGGGGAACUUCUUCAACUGGCAAUUCGCUCCUGCCUGGACACCCCAUCACCCCGAGGGACAGGUUGAAGGUCUCCCCCACUUCAAAUUCGACGAUCAGGAGGUGUUCAAUAUCGGGUGGCACAUUCAUGCACCGUCGGAGCAUCUUGUCGAUGGCCGCCGCAGCAAAGCCGAGUUCCAUUUCGUGCACGUCAAUGCUCACGAUGAAGAAGCUGCAGUCAUCGGUAUCCGCAUCGGAGUUGCACCUGCCGGGUCCAACCACGAAUCUGCCUUCGUCAAAUCGCUCGGUCCCAUGAUCCACUUCAACGACACCUCGCAACUUGAGGGCCUCCAAGUCAACAUGCGCACUGCCAUUGACGAGGUUGGUGGACUCAGCGAGUUCUGGACCUACAAGGGCUCCCUCACCACUCCUCCUUGCUCGGAGGGUCUACGGUGGUUCGUCCCCAAGCAGGAGCUCCUUGUUAGCGAACAUCAGAUGGUUAUGAUCCUCGCUGCCUCACGCUUCUCACACCGUGUUCCUCAGGACGUCUGGCUGCACGACAUCAACCUAUAA